AUGUCGGAGCUACCUCUAUCUACUGGUUUUCGCACUGAACUUCCGUUCUUCAGGGACCCUGGCCAGCUUCCUUGUCCCCUCCCUACUUCAGAAGAAAUCCGAGCAGGAACAAUAGUACCAACAAAACGUGAAUGCUACCCUGGCGACUAUGGACAUGUUGCUAUCGUUGGAGAACAUUUCGUUGUCAAAUAUGGCCGCUAUAUCCGGGAGAACGAAGGACACACGCUACUCUUCUUGGAGAAGUAUCCAUCAGUACCUGCCCCACGCCUGUACGCCAUGUACCGCAAAGAUGACAUUCUCUACCUCGUCAUGCAAUUAAUUCCCGGAAUUGAUCUUCUCAAGCUCUGGGAUGAGCCAUCGAAGAAUGAGAAGGUGUCUAUCUGUGAACAACUAAGGCGUAUAUUUUCUCAAUUACGCGCUAUCCCUGCUCCCUCCCCGAGCUACUUCGGUAGCAUAUCCGGAGGUCCUGCUGAACAUCGUUUUUUCAAAUGGAUGGACGAAGAUCCACGUAUGAAUGGGCCUUUCAAGACAUUCGAGGACUUUCAUCUAGGCAUGGCCUAUCAUUCACAAAAGCAAGAAGGGCUGAAUGAUAGACACCCAUGGGUUUCUAAGUGGUUUGCGCGACACCUACCACAAGCACUAAAGGGCCACCCACAGAAUAUUAUGGUUCAAGAGCAGCCGGGAAGCGAUGGCUCUACUGAAAGGCAAUUUAAGGUGACCAUUAUCGAUUGGGAGACCGCUGGAUGGUUUCCUCGAUACUGGGAGUAUGGUGCAUUCUUUGUUGACUGUCUCUGGGAAGGAGACUGGGAAGAUAUGGUCGAAACGUGGCUCGAUCCUUGUCCUCUUGAAGGGGCCCUCCUAAAACUGUUUAAGCAUAGUGUGGACCGAUACUAG